UUAAAAUUUAAAAUCAGAAAUCAUGCCACCAAAAACUAGCGGAAAAGCAGCCAAAAAAGAUGGAAAGGCUCAGAAAAAUAUAACCAAAAACGAUAAGAAGAAGAAGCGCAGGAGGAAGGAGAGCUAUGCUAUCUACAUUUAUAAAGUGUUAAAGCAAGUCCACCCCGAUACUGGUAUAUCAUCGAAAGCCAUGAGCAUCAUGAACAGCUUCGUGAAUGACAUAUUCGAACGUAUUGCUGCUGAGGCUUCGCGCUUAGCACACUACAAUAAGCGCUCCACCAUUACUAGUCGGGAGAUUCAAACUGCUGUUCGUCUUUUACUUCCCGGUGAACUGGCUAAGCACGCAGUUAGUGAAGGAACAAAAGCUGUCACUAAGUAUACUAGUUCCAAGUAAAUUGCGUUAUAUCAAACAAACACCACUUAUUCAAAAGGCCCUUUUCAG